AUGUCCUCUGAAACAUUACAUCCAGACGACCAGAUUUCCCAUUGGAAGGACAGAUGGGACAAAGGACAGAUUGGCUUCCACAGAACAUAUGUGAACCCGGCACUACAGAGACAUGUGGAAAAGUUAAUUCCCGAGGCUGGAGCCAAUGCUGUCUUCUUCCCGCUGUGUGGAAAGUCAGUAGACAUGAAGUGGAUGGCAGACCGAGGUUUGACUGUUAUUGGAGUUGAGGGGGUUCAGUCAGCUAUUGAACAGUUCUUCCAUGAACAGCUUCUGGACUAUGUAGUUGAUGAGGUGCCCAGUGCUGGCAGUGGUGCCAAAGUUUAUCAGAGUCAUGAUGGCAGGAUCAGACUGUACCAUUGCGAUAUCUUUCACUUCACAAGUGAGCUUGAGGGAACCGUAGAUGCAGUGGUGGACAAAAACUCAUUGAUAGCUUUACCACGAAAAGAUGUCCCUCGGUAUGUGCAGGUGAUCAAGAACAUGUUGAGUCCUGGAGGCAGAAUUCUUUUGGAUGUUGUCGAAUAUGAACUAUCCCUGAUGGAUGAAGUGGAAGGACCUAACAAACCCCCACCACCAUUCCCCAUGUAUGAAGAGGAGCUGAAAACAUUAUAUGGACCCGAGUUCAGCGUAGAGUUCUUGGAGAGGAAUUCAGCGGAGCUUAGAGGGAAACAGAUUUAUUGUUCAAGCUACCUGCUCAUCAAGAAAUCUUGA